GCAAACGGCGCUGAUGACGGAGGUGGUGGAGGUCAGCGGUUCCAAAAAUUGAAAAAUAGUGGGCCCUGCAACUACUAUGGAGUUGCAUCGUCCUGGCAUGGGUCAGCAAGAUGAUAUACAUAUAAUCACAACGACGGAGGAUACAAGGAAGUACUACAACCUAUGCUGUUGUUGACAUGUCUCACCAUACUGAGGAAAGGGCGGAGGGUGUGACCACGGUGCAUGCUAGUAAUGUGGAUGGUCCGACACUGUCGCCUUCUGGUAUGGAUGGAGGUGCAGCGGAGCAUGCUAGUGAUGUGGACGACAGUGCAACAGAGCAUGCUGCUGUAGAAGAUCAGCCUAUCAUUCAGAGGACAAGUAUGGAUAACGAUAAAGCUGACGACUCGCUGCAUAUAUCAGACAUCGUGGUGAAUGAAGAAGAUGAGAUUCAUGAAAACUGCAGUGCAUCCUUGAACAAGAUGAACAACAAGAAUGAUCACGUAGUUCUCCUUGCCGCCCCUACUAGUAAAAAUACAAGAACAAUGACGAGGCCCUCUCCCCCGUCGUCUCCUGUCAGUAACAGAAGUAUAACAAAGACUUUCAGUGGUAACGCCAAUUAUAUUAAGGGUUAACCAAUUACAUCUCCCACAACCAUUCCUCACUCUUUUUCCAGUAGGAAAGAGGUGAGGGAUGUUCUGAAGAAUGUAAUUCUGCAACCUUUAAUUAUAGUACUAGAACAACUGGAGCAAGCAGCAACUCCAACGCGGAAGAAGGGCCACCAACGGAUCUAGAAACUAUGAAGACUAUCUACGAUGCCUUCAAAGAGAGGUCAGUGAUCUUCUUCAAUGGAAAACUUCAGCCGGAUACGGUUACGGAGAGAGCCGGGGGUCGUCUCCACAGCGGAACUGUUGGUCC